CGGGGGCCAUGCGCCGCGGGCAGCCAGCCAGCCAGCCAGCGCGCCCGCCCCUGCGUGGAGGUGGCGCGCGUUCUUUUUCUUGAGUGUUGGCGAAGCCCAAGGGCUUGCCCUUUUCUUUGUUGUGGGUCGGUGCGUCGGAUGGCACCCAUGUGACCUUUCUGCGGUGCGCGACCUGGCAUAUGUUCUUCUGUUGGUCGCCUGCUUGUACUUGUAGCACCGGUUGCCGCCGGCCGCGCCCGGCAGGCUCGCUGUCUCUCUUUGUUGGCUAUCAGGCCGCGCCAAUAGAGAAAGGCGGGGCGGGGGUGGGCGCCUCGUUUUCUUGGCCUGCCUGGCUUGGCCUACAUCAUUGUCGUAUCGCAGCUACAAGAUGAACGACCUCUGUUGGUGUUGCCGACCCCAUUUGAAUGGCGGAAUUGAGUUGGGUCGUGUAGCUGAUCAACCAGCGAAAUUGUUCGCCACAACUACGACGAAUUGCACCCAUGGAUGCGCUUGCCAUUUAUGCAGCCUCGCCCAUGGUCGUGGGAGCGCAGUGUAUGUAAUUGCCACCGGUAUCGUAUGUUUGUAAUACGAAACCAAAAGCGACGGACGACUGUCAUCAAGGUCAAGCUGAAGCUAGGAGGGACCACAGAGAGAGCAAGGCACGAGCGGCGCAAACCUACUCACAUCAGGCAAUCUGUGUUUACC